GCGCGGGCUGGUGCUUUCCGGCCGCGGCGGCAGUGGCAUUGCUGAGGCGCGCCUGGUGGCGGUCGGGCGGUCGGGCGUGUGUGUAGGCCUCGGCGAUGCUGCUGACGGUGUUCUGCCUCCGGAGGGACCGCUCCGAGCUCACCUUCUCGCUCCAGGUGGACGCCGACUUCGAGCUGCAGAACUUCCGCGCCCUCUGCGAGCUCGAGUCCGGCAUCCCCGCCUCACAGAGCCAGAUCGUGUAUGCGGAACGUCCCCUGACGGACAACCACCGUUCGCUGGCCUCCUAUGGCUUGAAGGACGGGGACGUGGUGAUCCUGCAGCAGGUGGAGAAUGCGGAGGCGCGCCCGCCGGUGCCGUUCCCUGGCCUGCCCAGGAUAGACUUCAGCAGCAUCGCCGUGCCGGGGAGCUCCUCUGCGCCGCCGCCUGCGCCUCCGCCUGCCCCUCCGCCGGCCUCCGCCUCGCAGCCGCCUCCCCCGGACCUGCCGUCCUCUCCGCAGGGGCUGGACAACCCGGCGCUCCUGCGGGACAUGCUGCUGGCCAACCCCCACGAGCUCUCCCUGCUGAAGGAGCGCAACCCGCCCUUGGCCGAGGCCCUGCUCAGCGGAGACCUGGAGAAAUUUACGCGGGUGCUGGUCGAGCAGCAGCAGGACCGGGCGCGGCGGGAGCAGGAGAGGAUCCGCCUCUUCUCCGCCGACCCCUUUGACCUGGAAGCGCAAGCCAAGAUCGAGGAGGACAUCAGGCAGCAGAACAUCGAGGAGAACAUGACCAUCGCCAUGGAGGAGGCCCCGGAGAGCUUUGGCCAAGUGGUGAUGCUGUACAUCAACUGCAAGGUCAACGGCCACCCCGUCAAGGCCUUCGUGGACUCAGGGGCGCAGAUGACCAUCAUGAGCCAAGCCUGUGCGGAGCGGUGCAACAUCAUGCGGCUGGUGGACCGGCGGUGGGCCGGCAUCGCCAAAGGGGUGGGCACCCAGAAGAUCAUUGGCCGGGUGCACCUGGCUCAGGUGCAGAUCGAAGGGGACUUCCUGCCCUGUUCCUUCUCCAUCCUGGAGGAGCAGCCCAUGGACAUGCUGCUGGGGCUCGACAUGCUCAAGAGGCACCAGUGCUCCAUAGACCUGAAGAAAAACGUCCUGGUGAUCGGCACCACGGGCUCGCAGACCACCUUCCUCCCGGAGGGGGAGCUCCCGGAGUGUGCCCGCCUGGCUUACGGGGCCGGCCGGGAGGAGGUGCGGCCGGAGGAGAUCGCGGACCAUGAGCUGGCGGAGGCCCUGCAGAAGUCCGUGGAGGAAGCAGAGAAUAGUGACCAAGGAACUACCUCACUAGAAAUGCCACCGACGUCCGACGGAUUCAAACGUCCAGAGCUUGGUCCAAAAGCCAACAGCCCUCGAAGCCGAAUACUUGACCGUUCCGCCUCUGCUCCGGCCUCCGUUUUCUCUCGCGGGAGCGGCCGGGCUCCUGAGGAUUCCCUUCCCGAAUGUCCAGAAACUCUCGCAAGCGAGGAGCUCUUUCCGCCUCCGCCGCCGCUGUUGUUUCCUGACGCCGUUGCUUCUGCCGAUGCUGCUCUGGAUGGGAAAGACGGAGCAGAACCCGAGCCUAUUCCUUCCCAAACCACGUCCGGACCGCCGGCUCCUUCCUCCGGUCAGCAAGAGGACACUCUUCGUCCUCCCGUCAAAGGAGGAGGAAGGAGCUUGUCCAACCCACGAGCGAAAGACAUGGAUCCGGUGCACGAGCUUCACUCAUGCACCGAAGUGUUUCCAGAUGCCGCCCCACUGCUUUUUAAGGAAGAGUCACAAAAGAUCCUUCUUUCUGCGGGAAGGGGGGACACGGAAGGAGAGGCGGGAAUUUCCUUUCCGGAGGGACGGAACCGGGCAGGCGACGACUCCAUGGAGGUCGACCACCCCAAAGCCGCCUCGUCGGGCGAUGCGAACCUCCCAAUGGAGGUGGAGCUGCCCAAGCCAGGCUCUCCUCCUCCUCCUCCUCAGAACGACCCUGCGCCCGAGGAUCCGUGCGUGUCUCUUUCCCACGCCUUAAAGGAGCUCCACCAGCUCUUGGUGGUCAGCUCCAAGCAUGAAGCCGUUGCGGAGGAACAUCGAAGCAUCUCUUUUCCUGGACACGUUAAGUCCUUUGUGGAUGAGGCAAGAGAGGCGCAGUGGAUGGGCGAGAGCCGUGAGAAGGAAGCUGUAGCUGAGUCCUUUGAAUAUGAAAUAGAGAGCGUGGAAGUGACGAAAGUACAGCAGUUGGAUGAGGGCCAUGAGAAGGAACCUGUAGCUGAGUCCUUUGCAUACAAAAUAGAGAGCGUUGAGGUGAAAGAGGUGCAGCGGUUGGGUGAGAACAGUGAAACGGAAGCUUUACUCGAGUCUUUUGCGGGCGCCGUGGAGAGCCUUGGGGCGAGGGAAGUGCAGCGGAUGGACGAGAGCCGUGAGAAGGAAACUGCAGUCGAAUCCUUUGUAUACGAAAUAGAAAGUGUUGAGAUGAGGAAAGUGCAGCAGUUGGACGAGGGCCAUGAGAAGGAAGCUCCACUCGAAUCCUUGGCGUAUGAAAUGGAGAGCGUUGAGGUGGAAGAGGUGCAGCAAUUGGACGAGAGCCAUGAGAAGGAAGUUGUAGUCGAGUCCUUUGCAUACGAAAUGGAGAGCGUUGAGGUGAGGAAAGUGCAGCCGUUGGACGAGGGCCGUGAGAAAGAAGCUCCACUCGAAUCCUUGGCGUACGAAAUGGAGAGCGUUGAGGUGGAAGAGGCGCACAGGUCGGCUGAGAAGGAAGCUCUCAUUGCCCGAGAAUCGUCAACAACUUUGGAGCAGCUUUGCGGGGCUGAAAGGUGUGCAUCGCCACCCCGUCUUUUAGCUCCUGAAGCUCCGGAGGCUCAGAAGGCACCUCAAAGUCUCCCUGGCUCUUUCCCGGGCGGAACGGGACCCCACUUGCCCUCCGGCGACAACUUCCAGAGCUCUCCUGAUGCGGCGCCGUUGCCUCCCCCGUCGCCUCCCGUUCCCGGCGUUGACCAGAUCGUCAGGGCCGGCUUCACGGCCCAAGAAGCCGGCGAGGCCUUGGCGCAGGCGGACGGGAACGCGGACCUGGCCCUCCUCCUCCUCCUGGCCAAGAACAUUGUGGUCCCCACGUAGCCUCCGCCCCAUCCCGUCCCCCGUCUUGUCCCGAACUCCGUGCAUCGAGGCUCCGCGCUUAAGACGGACGAGCCAUUCGCCGGAAACGGGUCGUUCAUUUUUCCACCCGCCUGAUUUCCCUUUGGAAGAAAAAUCGCCGGUAUUGUAUCAACUCCGUCGCUUUUUAAUUAUUAACAAUUAUUAUGAUUAUGGCGAGGAAUAGAGAGUUUUUUUAUUUAAAAUACUUGGCUUUUAGCACGGAAUGUGAGGCGGGGAAUGGAAAAAGCAAGCUCUCUCUUGUCGGGGAGAUGACGCACAGCAGAUCGCAGCAAAUAAGUCGAGGAAGCAGAGUUCUAUCGUUCUAGGAAGGAAGCAAUAACCCGGGAUUUGCUGUGUAAUAAUAGUCUAGAAGCACCACCCUGGUUUUCUGGAGUCCCUCCGAGGAAAUUUGUGGCCUCGACAAGGAUCGCUGCUCAAAUGGGAAUUUCUGUCGGGAAACCGACGCAACACGGCAUGGUCCGCCUGCUUUCUCGCCGUUUCUGCGUUUAGAGCCGACUGUCAAACUGCACAACUCACAGCCUGGUCUUGGACGGAUCUUGAAAUCACCCCAUUUUGGGAGCCUUUCCUUUCCUGCAAAUGUUUGGAAUAUCCUGGGAAUGUCGCUUUGUCUCGGGGCCGGUGGUGCUGAAGAUCUCCCACUGACUCUUCUGGCAUGACUUGUUCCGCGAGGCUCUCAAACAGGCGAAAGCCGACUCGUCAGCCCGAGCCUCUGCCUCGACCCUCCGGCGGCCUCUUGGCCUCAUCCUGACCCGACGACCGACUCGGCUGCGAAGCGGAUUUCCCGGAGACGCGCAGAGUUGACGCAGGGACGCAAACCCUGUACGAACCCGGUCGGGUUCCUCAGAGGUCAUUCCGGGAUCCCGUUAAGUUCCUCCAGCUCUGUGGCCGGCUCUGCUCAGAGGGAAAGGCUUUGCGAAACAACGAACCCGAGAUCCUCGCCCGUCGUUUGAAACCCAAGCCAAGUCUUUCGGCGUCGGAUCGCGGUCGAAGGACCGCGAUCCGACGCCGAAAGACUUGGCUUGGGUUUCAAGCGACGGGCGAGGAUCUCGGGUUCGUUGUUUCGCAAAGCCUUUCCCUCGGAACAGAGCUCAACCUCCCUCCCGCCCUUCCUUUCUUCCCCGAAUCGUAAUCAUUGAAGGGAGUCACAGCCUCUCAGGAAUCUCCCCGUCGUUUUGCUUCGAUGACGCCCUUCUCGGCUCGGACCCGUCCGGGACCCUUCCUCCCCCCUCGUUCUUGCUCCUUGCAGCCCAUGUUUGACCCUUGGGGUUGUUGCUUCUCGAUAGGGAAAACAACAACAAAGAUGUGUAAACAUUUUGGAAAAAAAAUAAAAUACCCAUUUCGCAGA